AUGAAGCUCGCUAGAUUCUCAAGCUGUCGUGGUGUAGCAUUCGAGAUCAAUCCUAAUAGAACCAACCCUUUUGCAAUAAUAGGGUCAUCCUCUUCACCACCACCACCACCAUUAUCAUCACUGCCAAAGCAAGAUAGAACGGGAGCUAACUGGAUAUGGCUUCCAUGGAGUCGUAACAGUUCUUUCAAGAUAUUCCCUCGGUCUCACCACUCGGCUAGCCCAAGUAGGAGCCGAGCCAGCAGCCACUUCUGUGACAUUGACAUGGACGAAGCAGGCGGGGAUGUUGAAGUAGAGUUCUUAGCAGAAAUUGAGGAUUUAGAGACACCAGAGAGGUCAAGGUUGUCAGUGAUUCUGCUUGAUCAAGGCUUCACGGUGUACAAGAUCUUAUUUUUGGUUUGUUUGAGCUUGAACAUGGUUGCUUUGGCUCUUGCAGCUUCAGGGCAUCUCCAAUAUGGGAAAGACACAGCAACACUGUUCUCCAUUGGGAACGUUUUAGCUCUAACGUUGUGCAGAAGCGAGGCAGCACUAAGAUUCAUCUUCUGGUUUGCUGUGAAAACUCUCGGUAGGCCAAGUGUUCCUCUCAAGAUCAAAACUUCAAUCACUUCCUUUCUUCAAAGCCUCGGAGGAAUGCACAGUGGAUGUGGGGUUUCUUCUAUAGCUUGGCUUGUCUAUUCUCUUGUCCUUACAAUCAAAAACAAAAAGCUAACUUCGCCAGAGAUUAUUGGAUUAGCAUUUGGGAUUCUCACUCUAAUUUCUCUUUCUUCCCUAGUCUGGUUCUUCAUCUUCCUCUUUAUAAGCUAUGACCCUAGUUCAAAAACCUACAAUGCAACCAUCUCUAUGUUAAUAAAGAGGCAAGAGUUUUGGUUCACCGUAGCCAUAACCAUCCUGAUCAUCACUCCUUGGCUAACUGUAAGAAAAGUUCAAGUCAAAGUGUCAGCAGCAUCUAGCCAUGCUUCAGUUAUAAAAUUUGAUGGUGGGGUUAAACCAGGAUUACUUGGAAGAAUCAGCCCAUCGCCAUUAUCAGAAUGGCACGCCUUUGGGAUCAUUUCAGAUGGGGAAAAGGAACACAUAAUGCUAGCUGGUGCAGUUGGGGAUUACACCAAGUCUUUAAUCUGUAACCCACCAAGCCACCUAUGGGUUCGAACCAUGCACUUCGUUGGCUUGCCUUAUCUGAUAAAUCUGUACCAGAGGGUGUUUUGGUGGCCACUGGUUCAGGUGUGUGUUUGUUCUUUCUGCUGCAACCAUGCCCUGCAAACAUAUUCGAAAGAGAAGAUGAUUGUUCAUGACACUGCAAUUAGUGGGAGGCCGAAUGUUGGAGAGAUGAGUGUGGAUGCUGCAAUUAGGUGGGAUGCUGAAGUGGUCAUUGUUACAAGCAAUCCCGAAGGAAGUAGAGACGUUGUUAGAGCUUGUAAGAAGGCUGGGAUCCCUGCUUUUGGGCCUAUUUGGGAUUCUUGA